GUGCGUCACAAUGAAAACACUGUUGCUGAUCAGGAAACGAAACAACAGCAUUUGCGCCAUCUCUCCUCUGUUGUUAUCCUCUGAGGUUUCAUCAUGGUCAAAGUAUCUUUUAACACGGCUCUCGCCCAAAAGGAUCCAAAGAAGGACAGCGAGACUCUUAUUGCCCAGGAUCCCGAGGCAGCAGUCUUUGUGCGUCAGCACUCAAAGGUGUGGUGCUUGUGCUUCUGUCUGGGAUUGGCUUUUGUGCUCUCUGGUGUUGUGGUGGGAGGAGCUUACCUGUAUAGGUACUAUGUGCUAGAGGAGGAGCGGGUGUUUGUCUGUGGGAUGAAGUAUUUUGAGGAAGACUACGAGAUGAAUGAGGAGGUGGAGGUGGAGGUGGAGAUGGAGACCGCACUGAAGUUGAUUGAGGAGAAUGUGAGCUUUCUGGAGAAUGAUGAAGUGGAGCUCAUCACAGUACCAGUCCCUGAGUUUGGAGACAGCGAUCCAGCAAAUAUCGUGCAUGACUUCAACAAGAGGCUGACUGCUUAUCUGGACCUGAAUCUGCACAAGUGCUACAUCAUUGCCCUGAACACCUCUAUCGUCAUGCCACCCAAGAACUUUUAUGAGUUACUGAUCAACAUCAAGGCAGGAACGUAUCUACCUCAGUCGUACCUGGUGCAUGAAGAGAUGAUGGUUACAGAGAAGCUGGAAAGCACCACUGACCUGGGCUAUUUCGUCAAUAACCUGUGCAAAGGCAAAGACAUGUACAGACUCCAGCGCAGAGACACCAUACUGGGUAUGCAGAAGCGCGAAGCACUUAACUGCCUCAAGAUUCGCCACUUUGAAAACAUGUUUGUUGUGGAGACCUUGAUCUGUGAGCCCUGAGGAUAAAGCAUAUCAGGGAGGAAAAGAGAGGGAGGAGAAAUACACACGGGUGUCUCUGAUACAUCUUCACCUCUUAAACUCUCUUCAGUGCCAUGAAAAGCUUUUCCUUUGUGGCUGCAGGUUUUUCCAGCCGAGGGUUUCCCAUACUUUAUAAAAUCUCAAAUGUGAAAGUUCAUUUUUUUCCAUGUUUUUUUUUUUUGUGCACAAAGAUGUGAUUUAUUUGUGUAUCUAAUACUAUUUUCAAAAUACUAGUCUUAGUAAUAUUGCACACAAAAGAAUAAUUGUAAGACAGAAUGGGGAAAACUCAUGAGUUUAAUCAAAAUACAAAGAUUUGGUCUUUUCAUUUCUCUAAACAGUCUAAAACUGUUUCAUAUUUGCAGCAUCUACUGUAUGUAUUAUUGUCACUGUUGAAAAUAAUAGUGAAUUUGUGUAAUCUGGAUCACACAAUUUGGGGUGUUGUUUAAGCUAUAAAUAUUUAGUUUUAAAUGUGGCAUGUAACCUUGAAUUGAGUGCACAUACACUGGGCUUUCUGUCAUGUACGAAUAGGAAACUCUUUCUUUUUUUAAUUUUGCCCAAAUUUUUUAAAUUCUAAUUUGAAAUGUGACUAUUUUGAUACUAUAUGUAGCCUCUUCAUUUCUCAUUUGUAUAAUACCGGUCAAUAAAAAAAAAGAUCAAUCAUUAAAUAAAAUCUUAAACUUAA